GCACACAAACAGAUCGAUCGAGUUCAAGAUCAAUCCUAGCUACUUUUCAUAUCAUAUAUAUAAGUAAGAUCGAUCGGUACUGAGCUCUUAGAAAUUAAUUAAGUAUCGAUCAGGAUAAAUAUGGAGAGUGGUGGGGACUUAGAAGCCGCGGCGGCGGCGGCCGGCGGGCAACAGAAGAGUACUACGUCGUCUAGCUGGCUUAUUGGUAAGAAGUCGUCGACGGCGAUGGUGUCGAACGGUAAGGCGGAGUUUGGUUUCAGAGUGGUGAGAGAAAUGGCGUCGAAUGUUCAGGAGGUGGUGAUCGGAACCAAGCUGUGUGUUCUUUUCCCGGCCAUCCCUCUCGCCAUCCUCGCUAAAUAUUACCAUUUUGCCAGUCCAUGGGUUUUUGCUAUGAGUUUACUUGGGCUCGCCCCACUCGCUGAACGAGUCAGUUUUCUCACCGAACAAAUUGCUUACUACACCGGUCCAACAGUUGGAGGGCUUCUAAAUGCGACGUGUGGGAAUGCAACAGAACUGAUAAUAGCAAUCUUAGCAUUGUACCAGAAGAAAAUACAUGUGGUGAAGUACUCUCUCGUGGGUUCAGUUCUAUCCAACCUCCUCCUUGUUCUCGGUAGCUCUCUCCUCUGCGGAGGCUUGGCCAACAUCAACAAGGAACAAUCAUUUGACAGAAAGCAGGCAGAUGUGAACUCCAUGAUGUUGCUGCUGGGAGUGCUGUGCCAGCUGCAGCCUCUGACGAUGAGAUACGCCACCGGAAUGGGACCUCUCACCGCCAUUUCGAUUCUGGAGCUAUCGAGAGCAAGUGCCAUUGUUAUGCUUGUAGCCUACGUUGGCUAUCUCGUCUUCCAGUUAAAAACACACGGCCAAUUGUUUAAUUCCCAAGAGGGAGAAGGGGAGGAGGAGGUGGAGGAAGAGGAGGAGAAGGCAGUGAUAGGGUUUUGGAGUGCAUUUGGUUGGCUGGUUGGCAUGACCAUUCUCAUUGCUUUGUUAUCCGAGUACGUUGUGGGUACUAUAGAGGCAGCAUCACAGUCGUGGGGAAUUUCAUUGAGUUUUAUAAGCCUUAUUUUGCUGCCAAUUGUGGGGAAUGCAGCAGAACAUGCAGGAGCCAUCAUCUUUGCUCUCAAAAACAAGUUGGAUAUAUCUUUGGGUGUUGCUUUGGGGUCUGCAACUCAAGUUUCAAUGUUUGUGGUUCCAUUAUGUGUGGUAGUUGCUUGGAUAAUGGGCAUCCAAAUGGAUCUCAGUUGCAGCAUACUUGAAACUGGAUCUCUCGCUGUCUCAAUACUUAUAGUAGCCUUCACUCUGCAGGAUGGAACUUCACAUUACAUGAAGGGACUGGUUCUUUGUCUUUGCUAUAUUGUAAUUGGGGCGUGCUAUUUUGUUCUAAAGACUCCCCUCGAUCAAACAAAUUUUGUCAACUUGGGAGCCAAAUCGUCAGUCACUGCUUAAUAAACGGAGUUUGGCAAUAUAUAGGCUUUUCCCCCCCAACAAAGAGCGGUGUAUCGAUUGAGAUUCCUUCACCAUUUGUAUUUCAAAUUAAAUCGAUCUCCACCUACAUUUUGAUUACCAAGCAUGUUGUAUUGUAAUUCGAAAACUUUGAAUGUUCAAUUCAUUAAAGUUGAGAUGGGUAUGUCCUGAAAUAAAAUUGGACUUUUUUAACCUCAAAA